AUCUAAUAUCACUUUGCACAGAGGCCCAGCAGUGUUUGGAUCCAGAGCUGCAACGAACUGGUUUUUACUGAACUUAGUUCAUUGCAUAUUAAAACGGACCUACAUUAAUAGCUGUGGUUUCAUUUAUCUGUCUACUGUACAAGUGUUUAGAAUCUCAUGAGAUAGUGUGUGUGUUUUUGUCUUUGAAAUAAUUUACUGUGUAACUGGAGGCAAGGAACUCCAGAACUGUCAAGGGCCUAAAAUGUCGAGAACAUCCGGUACCACCCCGGUGCUUGUCGUUGAAACAGUGCCCCUUGGGGAGGCCCUGCCAAUGUCAGAACGCACAGUCACUAAUAGGAAUCCGGCCCUUGAUGGUGUAAUCGACUUCAUUGGUGGAACAACGGGCGCCACUGCCUCUGUCUAUGUUGGACAAUCUCUGGACACUGUCAAAGUGAAAAUGCAAACCUUUCCUACCUUAUACAAAAAUGCUCUUGACUGUUUUGCGAAAACUUACCGUCAGGAUGGUAUUGCUCGAGGCUUGUAUGCUGGCACUGUGCCAGCAUUAGCAGCAAAUAUAUCAGAAAACUCGGUGUUAUUCAUGUUUUAUGGAUUAUGCCAAAAGAUUAUGACAAAGGUUGUAGGAAAGGAACACGUGACUCAUUUAAAUCCACUUGAAAAUGCCCUAUCUGGAGGUACAGCAGCGUUCUUCUCUUCAUUCACGCUGUGCCCAACGGAGCUGGUUAAGUGCCGUCUACAGGCAAUGCGCGAGAUGGCUAGUCUGGGAAAGCUGGAGGGAGGACUAGAAAGGCUGAAAAUAGGACCGUUCGGUUUAACAAAAGAAAUCUUACAACAAGAGGGCAUCCGGGGCCUGUUUAAAGGACUGACGGCAACAUUUAUGAGAGAGAUCCCUGGCUACGUGUUUUUCUUUGGUGGAUACGAGGCCACUCGACAUCUUCUCACACCAGCAGGCAAAACCAAAGAUGAAAUAGGAGCAUUCCGUACAGUGCUUUCAGGCGGUGUGGGUGGGGUGUGCCUGUGGGUGACCAUAUUCCCCGCAGACGUGGUCAAGUCUCGCGUACAAGUGGCCUCUACUGCUGGUAUGCUGGAGCCCACAUUCAGAAGUGUCAUAAAACAGAUCUACAAGGAAGAAGGUAUACAGGCUUUAUACAAGGGCCUUGGGCCAACAGUAUUGAGAACAUUCCCAGCUACCGGCGCUCUCUUCCUGGCAUACGAAACCACGAAAAAAUGGCUGGGUUACGCUGCUGAUACAUACACAUAAAAAUAGGGCUCCAGAAUAACUAUCAGAUCUGACUGAGUGUUGUCUUAGAAAUAGUGCUAAUGUUGAUGUGAAGGUUAAGGGUUUUGCAUUGAGAUACUAAGGUGAUGAUUUGUGUCCAUGUUGUUUUCAGUAUGAAGUGUAGAAUCAAGAAAAGUGUGUGAAUGCAGUGCCAGUCACUGUAUGAUCAGGAUCAGCGAAAUACUUCACACAACUGUUGAAUCAUUAUUAAAUUUUUAGUCGUGCAGUGUUUAUUGUUAAAAUGGUCAGAAUUACUUAGCCUGCCAUGCCUGUAACUUAAUGGAUUUAAAAAAAUAUAUCACAAGAUUUUUAAUUACAUGUAUCAUUUAAUGCAUUAUUUUUGACCAGCACUGACUCAACACUGUUGGCUUUCCCCUGACAAAAGUUAAGUUGCAACAAAACACUCAUUGAAAUGUUUGUUUGUUGCUGAAGCUUUAAUAUUGACGUUUCAGGUAAAGCUAUUUAGCAAACUUUUUUUUUUAAAUCAAAUUUUAGGAAGUCUGAUGCUUUUUUUUUAAGGAUGAAUAUUUUAUUCCUAGUCAAAAUUAUGAUGCUAGAAUAAACAAUAUACAUAACAGUUUGUAAUAACCAGUUUACAUUUUGAUUGAAUCUCAAUUUUGAGAAAGUUUUACAUGACAUUGAUGUUGUUUUUUUCUUACUUUAUACAUAAUUAUCAUGGUGUGUUGUUAGAUGAUUUCUUCCAUUCUCUCAGUUAUUAAUUGGCAGGAAAACUAAAUAAAACUGAAAUCAGA